AUGCUAUAUUUGAUAGGGCUAGGCUUGUCAUACACGUCAGAUAUUACCGUACGUGGGCUGGAGUCUAUUAAGAAAUGUAGCAGGGUUUACCUGGAGCAUUACACCAGCAUCCUCAUGGCGGCAUCACUAGAGGAAUUGGAGGAGUAUUACGGUAAGAAAGUAUACUUAGCGGAUCGUGAAAUGGUUGAAAGUGGCUGUGAAGAGAUUUUGCGCGAUGCUGAUAAGGAGGACGUGGCAUUUUUGGUGGUUGGAGAUCCUUUUGGAGCUACCACCCAUACAGAUCUGGUUCUACGCGCCAAGAAACAAGCCAUUGAGGUCGAAGUGAUCCACAAUGCAUCUGUGAUGAACGCUGUUGGAUCUUGUGGCCUGCAACUAUACAACUUCGGACAAACAGUCUCAAUGGUGUUUUUCACUGACAGUUGGAGACCCGAUUCAUGGUACAACAAAAUCUGGGAGAAUAGGAAGAUCGGUCUCCACACUCUUGUGCUGCUGGACAUUAAGGUCAAAGAACAAAGUAUUGAAAACAUGGCCCGUGGCAGACUCAUUUACGAACCCCCUAGAUACAUGUCUAUCUCCCAAUGCUGCGAACAACUGCUGGAAAUCGAAGAGCUCAGAGGAACUAAGGCUUAUACACCCAAUACACCAGCUGUAGCAAUCAGUAGGUUAGGUGCACCCACGCAGAGCUUUAAAUCAGGAACCAUUGAAGAACUUUCUCGCUCAGACUGCGGCGAACCCUUGCAUUCUCUUGUGAUCCUUGGCAGACAAUGUCAUGAUCUGGAGCUAGAGUAUCUACUUGAGUUUGCCGAAGACAAAUUGGAAUUUCAAAAAGCCGUUUCACAAGACCAAGAAUAUUUCAAGCCAGAACCUUGGGUUCCUCCUAUCGAGGAGGAGGAUUGA